CUUCUGCAUUAUCAGUGUUAGGUCUACCUUUCUCUCUGACAGCAUUUACGAAUGGACCCGUUCUCACCCGAGACAUUCUCGCGACCGCUAUUCGGCGAAAGAGGUUUCCUACUAAAAGUCUAAUGAAACAGUGAAAUCCCCCCUGAUCACGGGAGGCCUUAUUGUACGUGAAAAUAGUGCUUGUUUUAGUGAAACAUUAGUUUUGAAAGAUCAAGCUAUAUUGAGUAUUAAGCGUCUUCAUUGUCCGUAUAAAUAUACAUAUUCGGAAAGAAGCGAAGUGAUAUCAUCGUAAAAUAAACUUAGCCCACCCUAGUCCUCCCGCCUACUGAAUCGGUGUUUGCAAUUUGAGUCAACCAGAAUCAAGCAUUCCUGAUAGCUGAAACAUCUAUAAAACAAAUAUGAUUCGAUUAUUCGACAAAGUUUUAAGUUUCAUCAACUAUUGGUGGUUCCGGUAUCUGAUGAUCACCGAGCUGUAUAUGGUGGAAAGUUGGGAGCGUGUCACGAUUCACGUUUUUCUGUUCGCCCUGUUCAUGUUGCAAUGGUACUUCAACUCUAAAGUGUUGCUUCCAUUCACCGGCAGCAUAUUAGGAAUCAUUCCUAUUGAGGAACAGCUAGCGCCUUACCGAAGUUAGACGAACGAACGAUCCGAAAUGUAUUGUAAAGUGAGUUCCGCGCUGUUGUUGUUUGUGAGGAUGCAAUGGAAGAAAAACGAGAAUCUGAAAAUUCUGUUAACCUUCCGGGAAAGCAGGAAAGAUAAUCGUGGAUCUGAUGUUAUUAGUAUCUACACAGAUAUGAAUAUCAAAACUCUCCACUAUAUGUGUCUCCAUACUCAUUCUUUUAAAUGAGUUAGAGCUAGAUUCUAAAUGAGUAGAUUUCAAGUCUGUAUAAGUGUCUCUAAAAUGUAACGAUAAUAAAUGUUAUAUGAAGCAUGCGUUGAAAUAUAUACAUUCAUAGAUAACAUUAUUGAAUAAAUAAGCUCAAUGAGCCUGAAAUGAACCUAAUCAAAAUGUUCAUAUCUGUUCGAGAACCAUUCAA